UGACACGCCGGGUUGGGACGCUGACGGCCGGGGGGCGGGCGUAAGCUAAGAAAAUUAUAAGGUCAUUUGAAUUGCGGUUGCUAGCGAGCUUAUUGCCUGCGAACGAUCCCAGAUAUGAUAUCGAUAAUUGAACGGCGAUGAACGGAUGAUGAUCGCGGGGUCAAAGUCGAGGCGCGCGGACCCACAGCUCAUCGCGGUGUUACAGCAGCAGCAGCAGCAGGAGGGGAUCCCGGUGCGUGUGUGCGUGUGUCCGUCUCUGCGUGCGUUCCUGUGAGCCGCUGUCGGGCAGAAGAAGACGGGCCUGUAAGCCGAUCAGGGACGCGGCGUCGCGACACAAUACGCGGGUUUCACGUCUUGGAUUUCCGCGCACCUUCAUGCUGUGACGGCGGUAACCAGGAUGAUGCGUCUAGCGUGUUCCACGGCCCUGCUGUUUGUGUUGAGGCUGCUGGUGGGCCUGCCUUGGUUCCAGGUUCUGCCGGCCAUCCUCAUCUUCUACCUGGGAACCGGAGGAUGGAGCUUCCUGAAGAUUUUCGCCAAGACAGUUGGCAGAGACUUGCAUGCGGCAUACGUGCUGUUGCGGGUGAAGAUGAAUGUCAGACGCCACCUCAAAGAGAAGAACACCAUUCCCAAGAUCUUUGCUGAAACGGUGGCCCGCCACGGGGACAAGACGGCACUGAUCUUCGAGGGGACCGGGGAGACGUGGACCUUCCGACAGCUGGAUGAGUACUCCAACAGAGUGGCCAACCUGCUGCUGGAAAGGGGCUUCAAGGAUGGCGACGUUGUGGCUCUCUUCAUGGAGAACAGAUCCCAGUACGUGGGCCUCUGGCUCGGCAUGGCCAAAAUCGGAGUCGAGGCGGCUCUCAUCAACUUCAAUUUGAGGCUGGAGGCCUUGGUCCACUGCGUCACCAUCUCCGACGCCAAGGCUGUGGUGUUUGGCUCCGAGCUGAAUGAAGCCGUGUCGGAGGUCCACGGCUUGAUGGGGAAAGCCGUGCAGAUGUUCUGUUUGGGAGACUUUGACCCCACGCGGGUGCCGCGGGGGACCGAGUGCCUGGAGCCUCUGUUGGAUAACGCCCCGACCCACCUGCCCAGCCGGCCGCAGCGCUGCUUCACUGAUCGCCUGUUCUACAUCUACACGUCAGGAACCACUGGGAUGCCAAAAGCUGCUAUUGUCGUGCACAGCAGGUACUACCGCAUGGCAGCCUUGGUAUAUUAUGGCUUUAAGAUGACUUCAGAUGACGUGCUGUAUGAUUGCCUUCCGCUCUACCACUCUGCAGGUAACAUUGUGGGAGUGGGCCAGUGCUUAAUCCACGGCAUGAGCGUAGUCAUCAGAAAGAAGUUCUCUGCCUCGCGUUUCUGGGACGACUGUGCCAAAUACAACUGCACUAUUGUGCAGUACAUCGGGGAGAUCUGCCGUUACCUGCUGAACCAGCCGGUCCGGGACACCGAGAAGCAGCACCGAGUGCGCAUGGCACUGGGCAACGGCCUGCGGCAGUCCAUAUGGGAGGAGUUCAUGACCCGCUUCAACAUCCCGCAGAUCGCAGAGUUCUACGGAGCCACAGAGUGCAACUGCAGCCUGGGCAACUUCGGUAACAAGGUUGGCGCAUGCGGCUUCAACAGUCAGAUCCUGCCGUUCAUCUACCCCAUCCGGCUGGUGAGGGUUGACGAGGAGACCAUGGAGCUCAUUAGGGGCCCGGAUGGCGUCUGCAUUCCCUGCAAACCUGGUGAACCCGGGCAGCUGGUUGGCAGGAUCAUUCAAAAUGAUCCUCUUCGGAGGUUUGACGGCUACGUCAACCAAUCGGCGACCAGCAAGAAGGUUGCUCAGAGUGUUUUCAAGAAGGGAGACAGUGCCUAUCUCUCUGGUGAUGUGUUGAUCAUGGACGAUUGCGGCCACAUGUUCUUCAAGGACCGUACAGGAGACACUUUCCGGUGGAAGGGAGAGAACGUCUCAACGACAGAGGUGGAGGGGACGCUCAGCCGGCUUUUAGACAUGAAAGAUGUAGUUGUCUAUGGAGUGGAAGUACCAGGAGCAGAAGGAAAGGCCGGAAUGGCCGCCAUCGCUGAUCCGACUCACUCCACUGACCUGGUGAAGUUCGUGAAGGACAUGGAGAAGGCUCUCCCUCCUUAUGCCAGACCGGUUUUCCUUAGGUUCCUUGCGGAGGUCAACAAGACAGGAACGUUCAAGUUUCAGAAGACGGACCUGCGGCGCGACGGCUUUGACCCCUGCAGUGUGACGGACAGACUUUACUUCAUGGAUUCCAGAACAGGGUCUUACGCGCAGCUGAACGAGGAGCUUUACCACUCCAUAUUAUCAGGAAAACACAAAUUGUGAUGGGCGGGCCGACCACUUCAUCUCCACGUGCACACAUGGACGCUCCCACUGAUGCAGAAGAGAAGACCAAGAUGUCGAAAGCAGGACCAUGUCCCCCCAUAAUCGAUCACAUGUAAAGUCAUAGCCAUGCAUACUCAGAGGCCCAUUUACACCUACACACAUUGUAUUCCGCAAAACACUUUUAAAAUCCCUAAAAGCAGUCUUGUGCACUCCACACACACACACACACACACACCACCACCCCAUCCGUCCCCAGCAACUCCUCUCGCUACGUCAGCAAGCACGGAGAGAGGCACAAACCUGGUAUUUGAUAGCUUGAAACCACCGUUCACAGCCACACGGGGCCCGAGAGGCCGCGCCCGUCCAUCCCGGUCCACCCGAGGGACACCCGAGGGGGGGAUUUGUGAAGCAGUUGCCUUGUCAACUAUAAACUACAGAUAUCCACAGACUUGAAUUAUCCACAUGAUGUUAAGAAGUCAAAUGGAAACUGUACAAAAAGUGUUUGUGUUGGACAAUGGAGGAACCUAUGAGGACUUGGACUUUCUCUCUAAUCUGUAAUAUUGUUUCGCUAAAGACUGGACUUCCCCUGCACAAUCAGCCGCGACAAGCCUGCAUGACAGCGUCAGCUUUUUCGAGGUUAACUUUAUAACGUUUCUGGCACUUAUUUGGUAUCAUUGUCUUAAAUUAAAUCCCUCCCCCAUGUUCCACAGAGCUUGAGAUGAAAAUAAGCAAAGUAUACCAAGGUGGUUGUUGUUGUUGUUGUUUUUUAAAGGGAACAGCAUGUCGGAGUGAGGGAAGCCUUUGUUGCAGACGUUAAAUUAGACCAGUGGUUAAAGCUGAAAGAUCUGCUGAAGUGAAACGGGGCUCCAGCGUGCGCAGUGCAAUAAUCAGCCGCACCACAUGACAGCUGAUAUAAAACAAAGACCUGUAUUUAAAUAUGUCUACGUCACACCAAAAAUAUUUAAGUUGUAGUGUUUACUUUUGCGUAUUUAAGAUGAUAUGACAUUUUUAUUAUUUGAUGUUUUUGUGAAAGCUUUCCUUUUUUUUUUUUUUGCUUGUAUCCAAAAACCUGUGCUUUAAUAACUGUCGGAGUCCUCAAAAAUGCAAAGUUGCAGAAUUUUCUAUCAGCUGCUGGAACACAAAGUCAAGUGAUCUGACUGAAUCAACCAUGGGCCAAACACAUUGGGCUGUUUCCAUAAACGGGGAUUUAAUACUGAGCUGACAUGCAGUGCGUUUGUGUGGCUGUAUUGUGCAGGUUUUGUCCUCCAAGGUAGUCUCAUCAUACAGUGUGUGUGUGUAUGUGUGUACGUUCUUCCUGAAAAACAUAUGAAGAAGACUUGACUAAAGAAGAAGCACCAAAACGUCUGAUCAACGAGGUCUCGUGUUUUCAGCGAUACUCCGGAGGAGGGGGAUGUACCGCCAGAUUCAAGAGCGCCGAGAGAUCCAAAGAUUCAAGCCCGUCGUGGAAGGACGUUGUCAUCGCCGUGGAAACGGAAGAGCAGAACAACAAGAGAACACGUGCUUUGUAAAUCGUCCGUUUGUCAAUUGUUUGCGGUCGCUGUCAUCCGUAGUUGCGGUAGCGUGAAUGCGCAUCAUCAACCAUUACAAGCAGAGCACUGUGCCUUACUGUGAGUUCACCUCCCAGAUCCACAGGCCCGGCCCCCACACACACGGUGUGCUUCCCGCCGUUAGACCCGUUUCCUCCACCCUCUGUCCCACCCAAGCUCUAAAUGUCCUUUUUUUGCUGCAGCCUCGCAAAACUAGCCCAAAGUAUGGCAGCUGAUGUACGUUUUAUUCUGAAGGGUCCGUGGCAGCCCGCCGACCGGCGCCUCCGUCCUGCCAGCUGCAGGAAAAGGUUGUGUUGAUGUUUUCUUUGGGGCGAGAGUCCGUGUUUUGCGAGGCAGCUGUCGCAGCGUCUUGUCUGUCUCCUCUGGUCUUUUUCUGGUCCUGUUUUUUUGUUUUUUGGUCGUCUUACAGAUGUUGUGCACCCAAGUCUCCAUUUGCUAAUUUUCCUUUUACGCAGUCAUCAUCUGUCUUCCAAUCAGCCCGAUCCUUUCAAUUCAUCUUGACCUUCCUCCCCCUCUGUGCCGUCCUAACCCUCGCAGCCAGGGUUCUGCCUACUAAUAUUCCGACAACGGUGAAAACAUCUUUCCUGUUCGGAGCUCAUAUAGUGUUCUGAUUGAGGUUCAAGAGGUCUCGUCACACAAAGCUCCAACUACACUCCCCAACGCUGUUCUGAAAUAUUUUUUGCCGAUGCGUGUUGUGCAUAGUCUGUGGAUUCGUCUCUGCCUCCUCUGGGGUUAAAUGAGUCACUGUUUCACUUUUAUUUGUCAUCUAAUGGUGAGUGUGAAAUGUGCUGAUGAAUGUCUGAAAAAGCGAAUGAGUGACCAAUGAUUCUGAUGAUGUUGUCAAGUAAAGGUUGCACCGUUUGGCUGUUAUGAAGCUUGUGGCUGAGGGGGGGGGGGUCCGCCCUGAACAGGCCCACAGCAGAGCACUGAAUGAGAUGUUUCCAUGUUCUUGUUUGAAAUGGGUUUAAAUUAUUUAUUUUUUGAAUGGAACUGUUCAUUAUACUUGAUUGUUUCACUGCUAUAUGUAUUUGAUUUUGUUUUCUUGGCGUGAAAUCAUGUGAUUUGGUGUGUGUGUGUGUGUGUGUGUGUGUGUGUGUGUAUAAAAACAGGAUCCAUGCAUGAGUGUAAGACAAUCGAAUGGCAGUUGAGUUUUUCAACUUUUUUUAUGAACGCAAAACAGCCAGGGAGCAACUUUUUCUGGAUCCAAUUGGUGCAAUGAUAGACUGAUCAAAUUUCCAUUUCCUGGCUUAUAGAUGUUAUUUUGAAAGUCCAUUACAAACCAGACGAGUCAGCUGCAGGCCUCAUGAGAGUGGCGGUGUUGUGGGACGGGGUUUGUUGAGGUUUAUGUUUGACCAGAAGGGGGCGCCAUGUCCUUUUAUCUGAAAAGUUCGAGAGAACAUCUCUGUCCUUGUAAACCCUGCUACCAAAUGCAUUUAUUUGGGGGGGCCAUGGUGUUCGUGAUCCAGAAACCCUGGCUGUGCCUCAGGUCUCGCUGUCCCUCAUGCCUCCUGAUCAACAUUUUCUCACACUGCUUUUUGCACUUUUUCUUCGUUUAUUUCCCCCCCCCAUGUCGCCCUUUCCUUUUCUUUUGUUUUUGUCUCAUUGCACAAGCGGCGGCUCUCGCUGUGCAGAGUGUGUAGGGGAGGUGUGUGAGGUGUGCUGUGUGUGUGUGUGCGCGCGCGCCAAACACAGUACAUUGAUGUCCUCUUGUCCACUGAACUUGCUGUAUGCACCAUGCAUUUCAAGAAAAUGAGAUAAGAGCAGUGCUGCAAAUGGGAAAUCAUUAUUAAUAAAAACUAUUUAAAUUGUU